AGAGUUCAGUGGAAGAUGAUAUAUUGUUCCAGUAACCAAAAGGGAAAAGCAAGCAAGAGAGAGAUCUUCUUUUUCUUUAUUUCCCGCGCUUUAAAUCCAACUUUUUUGUUGUUUUUGUACUUUAGCUUAGCCCACCUCUAUCUCCGGCUCCAAUCUGUGAGUCAAAAUUUUGUGUCUACUUUUCUUUCUUAUCAGAUAGCGCAGUCACUUGUUGCAAUCCCCAGAACCUUUUCUUUCUUUAAUUUUCUCUAACAAAAGAUCACUCAAAGAAUUUCUUGCCCAAAACCCCAUCCACAGUCUUCAUUUAAUUUCCUUCUAAAAUUAUGGAGACAAUUAAAUGUAGAUCACUCACAAACAACAAGAGCAAGAUAGCAAGAACAAUCCAAAAGGUUAUCAACCUCAAGUCUGCAACAAGAAUUGCUUCAAAUAAUGGGAUUGGCAUUUGCUUGCUAACACCACACAACAAAUUUGAUCAAGAUGAUUUAAACACCACCUGCAAAUCUCAAAACAGUACCGAUAAUCACAAGCAGAAAGAUGCUAAGGCCAAGCGCAGAGCAAUCUUGGAGGCAUUGUUGGCAAAGCUAUUUGCAAGCAUUACUACGAUUAAAGCAGCUUAUGCAGAGCUACAAAUGGCUCAAAACCCUUAUUGUGGUGAUGCUAUACAAGCUGCAGAUCAGGCUGUUGUUGAUGAGUUGAAACAAUUGUCAGAACUUAAGCGUAGUUUUUUCAAGAAUGAGCUUCACCUUUCACCACAGGUGACCAUGAUGCUGGCAGAGAUUCAAGAACAACAGAGCUUAAUGAAGACCUAUGAGAUCACAAUCAAGAAACUGGAAGCAGAUGUUGAGGUUAAAGGUUCAGACGUUGGUUCACUCAAGAAACAGCUUGACGAGGCUAUUGCAUUUAACAAGUCAAUUGAGAAGAGACUAAAUGCAAGUGGGCCUCUAUCAAUGUUUGACAACAUUCAGUUUUCACUCCUAAACCCAUCUCAUUUUGCUCAACUCUUGCAUUAUACUUUAAGAUCUAUGAAGAGUUUUGUGAAAUUAAUGGUUCGAGAAAUGGAGGUAGCCCACUGGGAUAUUGAAGCAGCUGCAAAAGCAAUUGAACCAGAAAACAUUGUGUUUGCAAAGCCAAGCCACAGGUGCUUUGUCUUCGAAUCUUUUGUGUGCAAAACGAUGCUUGAAGGUUUCAAUCAUCCAAACGAAGAGCAUCAGAGUGAAUACUACUACUUCAUUGAAUUCAAAAAGAUCAAAUCUGUAAACCCAAAACAGUUCUUGACUCAUAAUCCAGACUCAUCAUUUGCAAGAUUCACAAGGGCUAAGUAUCUUCAACUUGUCCAUGCAAAAUUGGAGUGCUCUCUGUUUGGGAAUUUAAACCAGAGAAAGCUAGUGAAUUCUGGUGGAUUCCCAGAUUCUGCUUUCUUUAAUGCAUUUGUUGAGAUGGCUAGAAGGGCAUGGGCCUUGAAUCUCUUAGCUUUCUCAUUUGGCGAGGAUGUCAGUAUUUUUCAAGUAAGCAAGAAUUGCAGAUUCUCUGAUGUCUACAUGGAGGCUGUAACACAAGACUCAGAAUUAGAAAAUCCCAAUUCUGAUACUGAUCUCCGGGUGGCUUUCACAGUGGUUCCUGGAUUCAAGAUAGGCAAAACUGUGAUACAGAGUCAAGUGUACUUGUCUCCGGUAAGUUCUUGAUGUUUUUUUUUUUUUCCUCUUUAGUAUUGUAUAAUUUUGUAAUAUAAUAUUGGACAGAAAAAAUUAUCUAGUGAUUGUCGAAAAAAAAAAACUCGGUUUAUGGUAGACCAAUCAAAUUAUUUAGCCACUUUUAAUCGAUUUGGUCAAUAUAAA